AUGGCGGUCACCAAAGUCUUGACGGAGUCGACCUUCGCGCAAUAUGUCCGGGCGAUUCGAGCCUCGCCACGCGAGAUCAUCUGCAACCGCAAGCUCCUCCUGACAGCUGCUCUUUACGCCACUUCGGCGAUUCCAAUCACGUGGGACCAAGGAUCCUCAUCAGUUAUACCUUCUCUUCCAGGCUUCGACGCCGAUUUUGGCCUUUCUGACAAUGCGAAACAAAAGUCAGAUUUCAUAUCCCUUGUCUACAUCGGAGCCGGAGUUGGCUCUGCUCUGUCUUUCUUCGUCAACGACAGAAUUGGAAGGCUCUGGUCCUUUCGCCUCUAUAUGCUGGUGUGGAUGAUUGGGCAAAUCAUUGCCACGUUCUCAAUGGGAAACCUGGGCACAUUAUAUGCGGCACGCAUUGUGUCUGGACUUGGAAUUGGUGCUUUGACAGUUAUGGGACCGAUGGCUCUUGUCGAGGUCGCCCCAGCAGAGAUUCGUGGACUGAUUGCUUCUUGGUUCAGUGUUGUAAUGCUCCUGUCACUGACAGUGUCGGUCUUUACUGUCUAUGGAGUAUUCACCCACAUAGCGACGAGCCGGCUUCAGUACCAGAUUGUCUUCUUUGCGCCAACUAUUGCAGCAGCCCUUCUGGUCGGUAUCUCCUUCACGCUCUAUGAAAGCCCUCGUUGGCUAUUUCUUGCUGGUAAGGACGAGGACGCCGUUGACACACUGGUCGCCCUUCGUGGGCUUGCUGCCGAGAGCCCGCGGGUCGCGGAUGAGAUCGCGGGCAUCAUGGCUCAAAUUGGAAAAGAACAGGAGGUGUUUGGUCCAAAUCCUGGCUUUUUCACAUUGUGCAAAGACGCAUUCUUAGUCCCCGCAAAUCUUCGACGCGUUCAACAAUGUCUCAUCUGCUAUGGCUUGGCCCAACUUUCCGGGGCCAACAGCGUGACCUCAUACCUGACGACCAUCUUGAGCCUCGUGGGUCUGGGAGGAGGAACCGGACACAGCCUAUUUAUCAGCGGCAUGUACAGCAUGUCGAAGUUCUUCUACACGUUGAUCGCAAGUUUCUUUUUUAUUGAUGCACUCGGCCGCCGACGCAGUUUGUUCACGGGAAUCACGAUCCAGAUGCUAUCUGAUAUCUACCUUGGUGUUUAUCUCAAAUACAAGCAGUCCAGCGAUGCGCCAGACAGUGCGAGCCAACUAGCGGUUGUUUCGAUCUUCAUCUAUGGUUUCGGUUACGCUGUCGGCCUUCUCAUACUACCUUACGUCUUUGGCGCAGAGCUCUGGCCAAAUCACCUCCGAUCCUUUGGCAGUGCUCUUUCCCAGACUUUCCACUGGCUAUUCUUCUUCGGCAUCAACAAGGCGACGCCCAUCAUUCUCGCUAAAACUGACAAUUGGGGAGCGUUCAUCUUUUUUGCUGGCUGGUGCUUUGUGUCCUUGCUUUAUGUGUUCGUUAUGGUACCCGAGACCGCCGGUGAAAAGCUGGAGAACUUGGACGAGUUAUUUGAGGGCUCUUGGUUUGCUUUUGGCUCACGAGGGAAGAAGAAACAACGUGCAGAUGCGGAAAAUGGGAUAACACAAAUUAUUGACUCCCACAGCGUUAGUCUGACACCCGAUGCGCCGUCGGAUAAUGAAGACGUGAAGUCCCGCAAGGGAGUUGAUCGGACAUGA